AUGAAAAAACAAAACUUGAACGCGUUAUACCCCCAUCCAUACCCGUAUGUGGUGGAUGUCGUGCCACCGGUGAUACACAAUCCCAUCUCGGUGUUGUAUUUUCUCUGUAGAUGGAUCUUUGCCGGCAAUACAAGCCCAGAGUAUACCGCCGAGUAUGUUGAUGGUGUAGUUCGGGCCGUUGGAGACGCUCGCGAGGGUCUGUGGAAGAUGGGCUUCUUUGGCAAGGGCAUCUUGUCUCGGUCCGAGCCCUCGUGGGACAUUCGAACCAAGAGACGUCUGGGUCUCCAUGUGGAGGAGGGGGUGUAUGCCCCUGAAGAGGUGACUCAGUUCCGACGAGAGCAGCGGCAGCAUUUCAAAGCCGAGCGAGCCAAGGCCGAGGAGGAGGAGCUCAAGAGACGCCAGGACAUUGAUCGGGGUCUGGCGGUGGCUGACAAGAAUGAAGACGACAAGCCUGUUCGUCCGGAGUUUGAUCGGGACGCGUUUCUCGCCAAGUCUUACGAAAUGGAGAAACGAACGGAAGACGACGAGGUGGUGGAUUCGCUGGGCAACCUCGUGGAUAUCGAGUUUCUACAGCUCAUGGACGUGGAGGCGCUGUUUCUUCACAUGGCGUUUGGACUCAAGGUCGGCGACAUGGAUGUGAAGGCCAUGGUUGACGAGUUCACCCGCAAGGACCCUCGGUUUCUGACCUAUUACGCCGUCUACCACCACUACCGAUCGCUAGGUUGGUGCGUUCGGUCGGGCAUCAAGUUUGGAGCCGACUUUCUGCUGUACAAGAAGGGUCCUCCGUUCACCCAUGCCGAGUUCUGCAUCAAGGUGAUGCCUAAGGACGAGCCCAUGCCCGACUUUUGGUGGCAGUCGAACCUGUGUCGAGUCAUUGGCGGAGUCAAGAAGACCACUGUCUUUUGUUUUGUGGAUGUGCCAAAGGUCGAGGGCGUUGUCGAUGAUGCCAAGCUGGUGGAGGUGUUGAAGCAGUUCAAGGUGCGAGAGGUGGUGUAUAGGCGGUGGAUUCCCUCGAGGAAUCGGGACUAG